AUGGAAAAAUCACCACCCUUUUGCACUGGAGGAUUCGUGGAAUACCUGGCGGAGCACGUUAAUGGGCUGAAUUGGCGAGGCAUAUCAACGCACUGUGCUCUCUCUCAAACCGAUCUCAUUCUUUUCCUCUGCAUUUUAUGCAUGGUUUUGGUGGUUCUUUGUGUCUUCUUACUGUCAGACCUCUCCACAUGGCGGCAUUUGUCACGCCAUCGAAGGUUCUCACUUAGCCGGCCAAGCUCCGAUCGCUUCACUUCUACGAAGCGAAGUUUUCACGAACGAAUGAUCUUGAUGAGUGAUAUUGUGCAACCGAUUCACCGACCUUGUGUUAUACAUGUGCAAGCUUAUAUGUCUUCCAAGAAACUUGGUAUCACUGCGUCUACAAAAGUGUCAAUAAAAACUAAAUCCGUGGAGCCUCUAAGACUCCCCACCGACGGAAAAGAUGGUACCAGUGGGUCCUCCAUUUCUCUUCACUCCCAUCGUAAAAGUAUGGAGAUUCAAUUACUUUUUAUCAUCCUGAUGAUUGCCGUAAUACUUGCGCUUGUGGUCGGCACCGUCUACACCUGUUCUUUAGCUCGAAGGAUCGAAAUGACAAUCGAGAGCUUAACAGGCCACAUCGAAGAAGUUGCGAUUUCUUCGAAACAACUGGCAAACACCUUUAUCAGCGAGGCAUACGCAAUAAUGAAUCGAGUGAUUGAAGAGGACGUAGCACAAAAUAAUCCAAAAAGUUACCUGAGACCAUUUGUGGAAGAAAUGAAACUCAUUUGGGGUGAUCAGGCCAUGCGUCUGUAUGCGAUGGCCCAGAAGCUUAGUCCCUCAAAAGCUUGGCUACGUCAGCAAACUCGCACCAGCCUCCUUCACUUCAACACCUUCCUCCGUCGUCUUUCCUCCCUCUUUGCUGUUGCGCCUCUCCUCAGUGAGAGUAGCAUCAAAUCGACCAACGAUCUUUUCCUGUCGUACUCCUACGAGUUGGCACGUCUAACUCCUCACCCGCUUCUUAAGCCAGUUUCUUGGCGAGACAUAUCAAUACUUAACUUCACCGCUACCGAACUGUGCAAGCACAGCACAACCCAUUUUUCCACAUGCGCUGAUGUUGAAUCACACUUUGCAAUGAUUAUUAGCAAAUUGGAGGCUUGGCCACGAUAUAAGAAAAGCCGAGACUUCACCAAAGUCACAGGUUAUUCUCUGCUUCCUCGUUUGCUAAACGCUGAGGCACAAGUAGAAAAGUGGUUGCCAUUAGCACAAGAUCCCACUGGUAAUAUCCCCUUCCUUUUCGACGAGUUCCUUGUUUGGGAAAUCGAGAAAGAGCGAAUAAAGUUAAACGAAAGUAUCGACGCCCUUCCUCGACAGUGGGAGAAAAGCUCAAUUAGGAGGUACCUGAACGUAGUCGCGGUAUUACCAUUCAUUCUGGCUGGAGCUCUGACUCUCCUUGUGGCAAUCUCAAUAGUUGCCUCUCUCUUCAACAUCACUCUUUACUGUGGUGUGCUGCAACACGGUAGAGCGGGAAAGGAUGUUCGAAUGGAAAAAUUCGCUCCUUGCCAUCUUCUACUCAUCGCAAUUUUCUCAACUGUGCUUUCUGUCACAGGUGUGGGAUUUGGCAUAGUGGGCAGUAUAGGUCAGAGUCAGUUAUGCGACGUUCUUCUUGCAAGGUCUCAGUAUGCUGAUGUAUGGCUGAAUCACUUGUUGACCAGCAUCGCCCCUCGAGUACCAGAUUUAAGAGAUGUUCUCAAAAUCGAAAACAUUCACUUUCGUGUUCCCAAAAGGGUCUUCAGUACCUUGGACACCAAUUACACCCCUUCUUCGCCACCGUUCCUUCAAUCAGUCAACAUGAGUCGUCCAGUCAAUUUGUCCGCCUUGCUGCACUCUAAUUGGCUCAACAAGACUCUGUACGCCCUAUGGUAUGAUGAGGUUUGGCAUAAGAUGGAGCAAGCAAACCUAUCUUAUCAGAUUCCAAGAGUUCAGCUUUCCACGACCUUCAACAAAUUUAGGAAAGCUGUCAACUUGGAUCAGACCUUCGAUGACCUAUACGUUGGUGAUGUCACUGAAUACUUACCUGAACCAUGUAAUGACUACUAUACACAGAUUGGCCUUGCAUUAAGCGCUGUGGCAAAACGCGGCUCAAAGAAGUUGGAUCAGCUGGCUAACUACUUUACCACCAUUGGUGAUUUCAUUACUUUGUAUAAGUUGAAAUUCGAUCGAAUAUCCCAAGCACUCAGUGUGAUUAAGGAAAACAAAAAAGUGCUUGAACAACUUAGUCCUCUUAUUGAAGUUGGUGAUAAAAUAAUUGGAUAUUUGGUAAAUAAAACAAACGAAGAGCUGAUUUCCCAAUUCACGAACAACACUGCCGAAAUCUUCAUCAAUUCCCGUCGCCCAAUCGAUCAGUACGUGCUUCCACUUCUCCAUCAAAUUCUCGACCGCCUUUUCCCUUAUCCCAAUCUACGACAGACUUACAGAAAGGCUCUAUCCCCUAUCUGUCCUACUGGCACCACUCAUUCGCCGCUUUUCCCAACCCUAAAGAACUUUGGCUUUACUCUGAGUCUUUCUGCUUUUAGUUUGUUUAUUGUCAGUGUUGUGUGGAAUCGUAUGCAGUUUUAA